GCGCGCGCCGCGCAGGCCUCAGUCCGCCAUGGCCGCCUCCGCCGCUCGCUGCUGCUGCCUCGCGCUGCUGCUCGUCGCCGCCCAUGCGGCCAGCAACUUCAAAUGCCCGGAGAAAGACGGCUUGUUCGAGGACUCGCGCCAGUGCGACAAGUUCUACGACUGCCGUGACGGGGUCGCCACGGAGAAGUUGUGUCCGGACGGACUCGUCUUCGACCCCCUCAUCCGCAAGAUCAACAAGUGCGACCAGCCUUUCAACGUCGACUGCGGUGACAGAAUAGAACUGCAACCGCCCAAGUCGAACGCAAACUGCCCGAGGAGGAACGGCUUCUUCGCGCACCCGGACCCGUCCAUCUGCAACGUGUUCUACAACUGCAUCGAGGGCGAGUACACAGAGAUCGCGUGCACGCCGGGCCUGCACUUCGACGAAUACCAGGGCAUCUGCGUGUGGCCAGACACCGCCGGCAGGACAGGCUGUGGCGCUUCUGAGAAGAAGCUGAAGGACGGCUUCACCUGCCCCAAGGAGGCGCAGGCUGACGGCAACGGGCAGGCGGUGGCCCACCCCAAGUACGCGCAUCCCACGGACUGCCAGAAGUUCUACGUCUGCCUCAACGGCGUCGACCCGCGAGAGCUGGGCUGUUCCGUCGGAGAGGUCUACAAUGACGAGGACCAGAAAUGCGACCAGCCCGACAACGUGCCUGGAUGCGAGGACUGGUACAAGGACAGUCCAGAUGUGAAGCCGAAGCCCAAGAAGUCAUAAAUCUUCAGCACAUCUGCUGUGGGAACCCACUUGUAAAUAGUUUCUAUUAUGGGCUAUCGGGUCUCGAGAUAUUCACCAGCCUUCAUACUUCAACAUUCAGCAUUGCAAAAACGACGAGUCAGAAGCGGACUGGGCAAAGUGAGUGAAUGUGAGAACUGAAGGAAAUAGAGCCAUGGUUCCCACUCUCGGGAGAACAGUCAGUUUUUACUGAAAGUGACCUGACUGCCUCUUGAGAUACAUCAAGUUAAACAGCAAUAAGAAAUAUAUUGUGAAAGAAAUCUUUCGAUUUCUAUUUGUGCAAUGAUUCCAGUCACAACCAUAUUUGUACAGAAGUAAAAGAACUGAGAGACAUUUCCAAGGCGUGAAAGCCCGUUCAAUCUUGAGCGAAUUACUAAUAAGGUUCUACAUUUCUUGACUGAUGCGCCUGAAUCAAUUAUUAAACUGAAUUGUAACAGAUAUAUCAAUGUAGAGAUAUUGCCUUCUAUAUUAAGUACGAGAUUUUUAUGAAAUUGUCUGUUUGAAGCAACAAGAUGUACAUUUUCCUAAAUAAAAUAUAAACAAUAUACAGCCAUUCA